GAUUCCUGGAGAAGACUUCUUCAAGAGAGCAAGGAUAGGUUUUGGGCAAUUAAUAGAAGUUGUUGGCGCAACUCAUCCAUGCUCUUAUCUCUAUUUAUGAUCAACAUCUGAUUAUCAGUUCAUCUGGCGCGGGCUGUCAAGAUCUUGAUACCAGGAACCCUCGAGACGCAAAUAAUCCGUAUCACCCUGCAGGCACUGCUUGGAGCCCCACUACCCUUGCACUGCACUACUUAAUCUUUCAUUUGCCUUCCAUAGUCGAAAUACCCAGUCCACCACACUCCAUUGUCUUUACCCAACUUACACUCGUUUAUUGCGCGGAUCUUUCAAAGUCAAAACCGGCGAAAGAUACUUCUAAUAAGAACAAGCGAAGAACCCUAUCAAGGAGACUUCGACUACAAUUCUAUUAGUUGCUUUUUUAGAGAACGCGAAGCGAGGAUGACCGUUAGACAUGAAAACGUCAAGUGGGUGGAUGUAAGUAUUUCGUUCGAGCUAAAUCUUCGACAGAUGGAUAUCGCUGACUGACAUCUGUUGUUAGGGCCUUCGUGGUCUUGCCUCCCUACUCGUCGUUUCCACUCAUCUAGCUCGCGCCUUUGACGAAGAUCUUUUUAAACCGACCUCGGCGGAGGGUAUGAGACCACGGAUAGCACAAUAUCCAAUUAUCCGAAUUCUCUUCCAAGGUCGUAUAGGAGUUUCAAUCUUCUCUCUUGUUACGGGAUAUGUGUGUGCUCUAAAACCCAUUCGACAAUUCCGAGCGGGACAGCAAGAAGCUGCGUUCAACUCAAUUUCGAGGAGUGCUGUUCGGCGAGUACCAAGACUGGUAAUACCAGCUACGAUUGCAACCAUGAUAUCAUGGUUUGUUUGCCAAUUGGGUAUUUAUGAAGUUGGGAAUAGAGCAGGCGGGUGGUGGCUCAAUUAUACCUCGCCAAAUAUGACGCCUUGGAUCGGACAAGCUAUUGUAGAUUUGAUUUCGAAUCUUGUUACGACGUGGACGAGACAAUGGAAUACUUACGAUACGAACCAGUGGACUUUGGUUUCGCUCUUAAAUGGUAGUAUGAGGCUUUAUAUGAUGCUUUUUGCUACCGCUCAUAUAAAAACACGGUAUAGAAUAAUGGCUGAGCUCGCCUUGUUCCUUUUCUUCUAUAUUAGUAUAGAUUGUAAGACUCCUAAUCACAACGCGAUGGAAUACUCGCUAAUAUCAUUCAGCUGCGUUCGGUAUGCAAGUUUUCUUCGGCGCCUUUCUCUCAGAACUCGCACAGAUGCCCGGGCACAUGGCAUGGUGUUCCGCUCGAAAGUGGACCACACGAAUCCUUUCGCCUAUCCUCGUUUUCAUCGGACUAUUGCUUGCUUCUUACCCAGAACACAACCCUGAAUGGAUGCCAUGGUCACACUCCAUGCUCAAGGCAAGCGCCUAUAUCUUUCCCAAAGACAGCGAAACCCCUCGUUUUUACUCGGGAAUUGGGUUAGAAUUCAUCGCGCUAGGAAUCCACUUUUCGCCUGGCAUCAAAGGCUUUCUCUCUAACAAAUACCUUCUCUGGUUUGGAAAGAACUCCUUUGCAGUUUACUUGCUCCACGGAAACUUGCUACGCACCCUCCUCGUCUGGAUGUAUUUCGGACUCAAGGUUCCCGCCGACAUUGUCCAGGCCGACGGUAAAGUUGAGCGUGCACCCAAUCUAGCCCUCUGUGGAAGAGCGAGGUUCUGGCUUUGUUUACCGAUCUGGUUCGUUGUUUUGUACUCGGUUGCCAACCAAUGGACUAAACAUGUGGAUCCUUGGUGUGCGAGAAUGACUGAGAAAUUCGUGGGCUAUGUCACUAUGGAGGAACAGAAGAUUAAGGAUGCUGAGAAGGCGCCUAUGCGAGGGGAGUUACCAAAAUGAGGUUCCUACUUGUUUUAUUUUGGCUAUGAAGCAUUGGAAGAUACAUGGAUUACCAGGAUAGACCCUGGGAAACAUGGUACUUUGGCGUACGUGUGUUGUCGCAUUUCUUGGAGUAUAUGGAAAUAGCAGUACGUACAUGAAGAAUCACGACGGAGUUUGGAACAAAUAGAAAGAGCGGCAAUCAUGAAUUAGAGAAUGUCUUCAGACAGUUACCCAAAUACUUGGAAUACAUGUAGGGGUCACAUUUGUAUCGCCUUGUAAGCAUUCACAAUAACAGGACAAGUCACUUCCUCAUCCG